AUGAAUGCCAUAUAUUUGACAGCGCUAUUGGCGUCCAUGGCAACACAAGGUCAUGCAAAAUGGAUGGAUGAAAUACCACACGCUCCUCCUCGUUGGAAAAGCAAGCUCUUUGGUAUACCUACAUGGAUCAUCCCUAUAGAAGAUUAUAGCGAUGAUGCUUUUAAUACAACGACCUUGUUCUCGGUAGUGAUCAUGGCUGCAGCGACGUUUUCAGCUUUGUAUUAUAUAUUUGUUGUAUACCUUCCUUCACAACCAGCAGGCCAGCGGACUAUUGGACGCUUUAACAAGUUAAUCCUUGGAUAUUUGGUGGCUACCUUGAUUGCAAGCUUCACGUUUGACUUGAUGUGGGCCGGCAAAGUAUGGGCCUCUUUUGGAGUUUUCCAUAAUCUCUUUGAGAUUGGGCUACUUGCCAGCAUAUUGAUUCCACGAUCCGAAAUUAGUCACUUUCUUUUUGUCCCGCUCUGCUUCCUAUACGUAACUGCUACUGCUGCAAUGGUUAUUAUCUUACCUUGGCCAUUGGAUGCCUUGUUCUUCAAGUUCCAAGGUCUCAGCACCGAUUUUGCGCUCGGUGUUGAUCUUUACCGAUUAUACCGACACAAUCGCCGCCUUGCCAAAGAUGUCAAUGCGGUGCAAGUGGUCAUUGACACUGAUGCAAACGGCAAGGAGAGAAAACGCCGCAUGCAAUCUGUGCAUUUCAACCUCAUGCUCCUUGCUAUUGCAUCCAACUUGCAUACGCUUGGAAACACCUUGGUCACUGUUGGCAACCAUAUGAUGCUAUGGAUUAUCUUUCAAUUCCUCUAUGCAGUAUCCUUUCCCAUGUAUGCAUAUUAUGUGAUCUCAGAACCAAAUGAUCAUCGCGUACAGUGGUACCCAAUGAAUUACGUCAAGGAAGCAUUAAUCAUGAUCAGCGCAGUUGUCAGCUGUGGUUUAUUUAUCGUUAUUGGCGCAAUAAACAGUGGUGGUCUCAACUGA